GUGGAAAUAGGGGAAGGGGUCAGAUUUAUCCUGAUGGUAGCAAAAGUAACAAUACAGUUUAUAAUGCUACGGCAGGAGGGAUAAUAAGCAAAAUUUUACGAAAAGAAAGAGGGGGAUACGAAAUAACCAUAGUGGAUGCAUCGAAUGAACGCCAAGUAAUUGAUAUUAUCCCUCGAGGCCUAGAACUUCUUGUUUCAGAGGGCGAAUCCAUUAAACUCGAUCAACCAUUAACGAGUAAUCCUAAUGUGGGUGGAUUUGGUCAAGGGGAUGCGGAAAUA